AUGGUCCGGGGGCCACUUCCGUUUCCCGAGCACGCCUUCCGCUUCCGGCCCGAGCGCGCCGACGACGUUCCGUCUCCGUCCGUGGGAGUUCUGUGGCGCGGCCUUUUCCCUUGCCUGGCCGAGGAGGACGAGGAAGAGGGAGGGCCGCCCUUCCGCCGCCCGGUGAGUGAGAGGAGGGCGAGGAAGGAGAAGGGCCGGCAGGGGGCCGCUUGAGGGGAUUUGGGGGCCGGUAGGGGGCGUGGCUUUUCCUCGUUGGGGGAGGGGUUGGGGGCCUCCUCUCCCCCUCUCAGGAAGGGGGAGGGGAUGCUCUUUUUUGGCGUCUGUGGGUCAGGCCGAGGUGGGUUUGCCAGGCUCGCUCCUGGGAGCCCCACAAGCAGGUCCUGAAGGCGGGAGGUCCUCCUUUCUUCCCCAGCAUUUUGGGACUCUGUACAGGUAGACUGCUCUGGUAAGUGGAGGCUCCGUCCCCGUUUGCAGUGGCUCCUUUCAAGAGAACCCCUGCUGGGUGGAUUCUGAGGUCCUAAGAACGUCAGACGAGCCCUUCUGCUGGAUCAGGCCAAAGGUGUUUUUUUUAAUCAAGCCCAGCCUCCUGUUCUCAAAGAGAUCAAAUGACCCUAAGAACCUAGGAGGUUAAAUGGAGUGCCACUGGGCCUGGAAGCUCCAUAACAGCAUUUGAAGGACCCUACUAGAUCAGGCUGGGACGUGGGUGGGUUAAACCACAAAGCCUAGGGCUUGCCGAUCAGAAGGUCAGCGGUACGAAUCCCUGUAACGGGGUGAGCUCCCGUUGCUCAGUCCCUGCUCCUGCCAACCUAGCAAUUCGAAAGCACAUCAAAGUGCAAGUAGAUAAAUAGGUACCACUCGGGCGGGAAGGUAAACGGCGUUUCCGUGCACUGCUCUGGUUCGCCAGAAGUGGCUUAGUCAUGCUGGUCACAUGACCCGGAAGCUGUACGCCGGCUCCCUUGGCCAAUAAAGCGAGAUGAGCGCCGCAACCCCAGAGUCGGUCGCGACUGGACCUAAUGGACCCUUCACCGUCUCCUUUACUAGAUCAGGCCAGAGGCCCCCCCCCAUUUAGUCCUGUAUCUGGCUCUCACAGUGGCCAACCAGAUACCUCAACAGGAAGCCCCUAAGCAAGCGGAUCCUAAGCGCAAGAGCAACUACUCUUCCCCUUGUGAUUCCUAGUAGCUGGUAUCAUUCAGAGGCAUUUACCUCCCCCAUUUGGAGGGUGAAGAGACUCAUAAGGACACAAGGAGAUCCCUGCAGCUGGAUCAGGCCAAAGGGGCUCCAUCCAGUUCAUCAUUGUGUUCUGACAGUGCCCAUCCAGAUGCCCAGCUCUCCCCUCUUGUGAUUCCCAGUCCUGUUUGUAGAGGCAUUCAUUCCCUCUGACUUUAGCUAUUAUUAUGUUAUUCUUCUCCAUGGGAAUCCUCUUUAAAAGCCAACCUGUUUUGUGACCCUCACUAUCUCUCAUGGGAGUGAAUUCCAUCUAGUCCAUUGAUCUUCAGCUGGUCUGGGUAACGACCUCGUCGUGCUUCAAUAGCAUGUCUAGCACCAUACAAAAACAGUGGUACCUUGGUUCCUGAACAGCUUAGCUGACGGAACAAAUCGGCUCCCGAAUGCCGAAAACCCGCAAGUAAGUGUUCCGGUUUGUGAAUGUUUUUUAGAAGCCGGACAUCUGUUUCAGCUGUCGGCAUUGUUUCCGGGGUCGAUCAGCCAAUCAGAAGCUGCGCCUUAGUUUUCAAACAUUUUGGAAGUUGAAUGGACUUCCAGAAUGGAUUGAGUUUGUGAACCCAAGGUAGCACUGUAUAUGUCCCCAAAAAGGAGAAAAGAAAUGCACGUACAGGUUAAAAAUGAGUCUUCAAUCUGCAAAAGUUGAAUGCUAUUGAUCUAGUGCUCCUUCACAUAGAACAUAGCUGAACUGUGGAACUCUUUGCCACAGGAGUGGCAGGCUGUCCUCAUGACUACUCGCCACAAUGUUUGUGUUCUGCCUCCAUGGUUGGAGACUCUUUGCCUCUAAAUAAUAAUGAUGGACUAGAUGGGCCCCCUUUGGCAUUAACCUGCUGUACAACUAUUCUGAUGUUCCUAGUUAGGUCUUGAAUUUAAGCAGUAGCCUGGUAGAAGUGAGAAGGAAUUGUGUGCCAAGUAGUGAGCAAGCUGGUGGAACAGGAGUGGAUAUGCCUAGCAUAGAGAACUAGUGGACUCCCUGAAGAGUGAAACAUUCUUUCUCCUUCCUCUGCCAUUCCUUGUCAGCCUGAUUAUUUUUUUUCUUUUUUCUUUUCAUGGCUUUUUUCAGAUUCUGGCAUUCAGAGGCAAGCUGCUUCUGAACAUGGAUGUUCCAUUGUGCUAUUGUAUUUGUUGUUGUUUACUAAUUUUUUAUACUGCCCUUCAUCCAAAGAUCAUAGGGUGGUUCACAACAUAAAAAUACGAAAUGAGAACACAGAAUGCAUAAUAAAACAAAAACAAGCCAAUUGUAAACAAACUAUUGUAGUUUAUGCAGACUAGAUUAGGGAAGGAAGCUAACUGGCAGUCCAAUUAAUGGGCCUGCUCUGUCAGAGAAAGAGUUGAAUAAGAGAAGAGCCUGGCUGAAUCAGACAAAAAGAAAAAGUCUAGAGACCUCUGGAAACCUCACAAGUCAUUGGUCCUCAGAGAUAAAUUGCCUUUCCACAUUGAGCUUCCUCCAAUUUCUCCUGCGUGCUAGCUCCUGAGGGAGCCAUCCAGGAAAAGAAGGAAAGCAGCCAGCGAAAUUCUCUGUUGUGAAGUUCACAAGCAGAGCAGUAAGGAAGGAGUAGUCUCCUCCAGUUGUUCGUCUCCAGCACUGUGUUUUCAGAUAUGCUCCCUUUGAACAUGGAGGUUCUGUUUCUUAUGGCUGUUGUUUGUCAGUAUGCCUUCUUUUCCUCUUGUGAAUUCAUCCAGUCCUUUUCUAAAAGGACAUCAGGCACAACUGUGUCUUGUAGCAAUGAAUUCCUUUCUAAAAAUUGUGCUGUGUGCAGAAAUACUUUACUCUCUCAGUGAUGAAUGAAUUUCCAAUCAGUUUGAGGCAUUGUACCGUGAGAUAGGGAGGAAAAACCUCCUCCCUUCACUUCAUCUUCACCAUGCAUCAUUUUAUAAUCUUCUGUCAUGUCUUCUUCCUCCCAGACAUCUAUUGACAGGAAGUCCUGAAUGUUGGCCCUUUUUCAUUGGUGAGGAGGUGCCUUUUUGCUCUCCCCUGAUCAGUUUGCUUUCCUUUUGCUUGAACCUUUUGCAGUGCUAGAGUAUCAUUUUUUUAGCAGGCAUAAUUGGAACACAAUAUUGUGCACAAUAUUUCACAGGCCACUGUGACUGCAUUUAAUAAUAUGUAUUUCUAUAGGGAAUUACACGCAGGCUUCCAAUAAAAUAAAGGCAGCCUCUGUUGUCUCCUGCAUCUUCUGUUGCAGGCCCCUUCUUGGGUAGGGACCCUCUGUUUUCUUGACCCCAGCCUGUGUUAUGCUCUAAAGCUGAGGCCGGCAGACGUCAGAUAGGUGGAGCUCUAUUUUGUGUUUUUGGUAGAGCUCCCAAGAUCCACCAAGAGUGAGCAAGUUGUAAAAUAGUGCCUCAAGGGGAGAAAUCCUAUAAACAUUCUAUGAACAUAGCAUGCAUAGAUGCAUAUAGAUCUACAUGAGAGCCAGUGUGGUGUAGUGGUUAAGAGCGGUAGUCUCGUAAUCUGGGGAACCGGGUUUGCGUCUCCGCUCCUCCACAUGCAGCUGCUGGGUGACCUUGGGCCAGUCACACUUCUCUGAAGUCUCCCAGCCCCACUCACCUCACAGAGUGUUUGUUGUGGGGGAGGAAGGGAAAGGAGAAUGUUAGCCGCUUUGAGAUUCCUUAAAGGGAGUGAAAGGCGGGAUAUCAAAUCCAAACUCUUCUUCUUCAUCAUCUGAGGCUACACAGCUGAUCAUACAUUUGAUCACCUACAUCUCUAAAACUUCACCCAGCAGAACCACAGAAAGACCUGGCAACCAGGUGAUCAUAUUUUACAGGAACGCAAGGGCUGGCAAAUGAUUUGCACAAGGCCAGCCAUGAUAUACAAUUAAUGGGUGAAGUUCAUUGCAUUAAUAUAAUCAUACAAUCAGCGCAAACCUUUCUGCUCGCCAGGGAUACCUCCUUGCCAGAGGGGGAGCCCUGCACACUGUUGCAGGGGUUCUCCUGACUAAGAACUUGGGGGCGGGGGGCAUUGUGCCAGUGGCACUCAUUGCUCUGGCUCCUGCUAGUGCAACUAUUUAGCUGAGUCCCUUUUGUUUAUUUUUACCUUGUGAUUUUUCUUGCAGUUGUUGAAUUGUUGGGAGUCAGAUCCCGAUUUACCUUUUGCCCACCCUUGUUCUAAAGUACAUACUGCUGUUAUGUAUGCUUCAUAGGUAGCAACCUCUCCCCCAACCCUUUACAUCUUGAGGUGCCCAGCGAAAACAUUCCUCUUCAACCAGGCCUUUGGCUGAUUAAUAUUCUACAGCCUUUUAAAUAUCAUUGUGGGGAGGUGGGGGUUAUUGUAUUGUUUUUGUUUUAACUGUUUAUAUUGUGCUUUUAUCCUGUAUUUUUAUCUUGUGAACUGUCCUGAGAUCUUCAGUAUAGAAAUUAAAUUGAUGAAAAUAGAUAGAUAGAUAGAUAGAUAGAUAGAUGAUAGUCUUCCAGUUCGAAAAGCUUCUUGCUGUGCAGCACAGAGGCUGGGGUAAGGUGGGGGUGUUUCCAUUGAAGAAAGGCAAGCCAAAGGCUCCAUUGGGCAUUCAGAACCGGUUGUGUGAUUCUCUGGACCCCAGCUAGAUAAAACCCUGGAGAGAUCUGACCGCUAAUCUGAUAGUUUGAGCCUAAAAGAAGAUAUUACAAAGACAGUUUAUUUGUUCUAUUGUUCAGUACGAUCUGGUAGCAAAUGGCAAUGUUCAGUCUCCUUGGAGUCUGGAGUAUUCUUAGAAGCCCCUCAAUAAGUAGGAAGUGGAUUUUGGGCUGGGAAGAAGUAGAUUUUCCCCCUUCCUCUGCUGCCAUUGGUGGACAGUGAGGGAAGAGGCAGCCUGACUGGCUAUGAGAAGGUUACACUGGCUUAUACCCAGCUAACCUAUACUCAGAGUAGACCUACUGAAAUUGAUGGUCCUCAGUUAAUUGUGGCCAUUAACGUCAAUGGGUCUAAUUAGUAUGGCUAAUGUUGAACACAACCCAAAGUAAUGCUGCUUAGGAAUUACAUGCCUUCUUUGUUGAUGGCUGUAAACAUGAUGAUGCCGGGUGUGUGUGUGUACAAGGAUACAUAAAGGGAGCACACUUAUUCUUUCUAGCGUGAGCGUGACUGGUUUUUGAGCACUUAGUGACAGCUUUUACAAGAUGUGCUUUCCUUUCCCGGCCCACUCAGACUCUCCUGAAGAUGGCGCUCUCCAAGCGGGAGCUGGACGAGCUGAAGCCAUGGGUGGAGAAGACCGUGAAGCGAGUCCUUGGCUUCUCGGAACCCACUGUGGUCACUGCCGCCUUGAACUGCGUUGGGAAGGGGAUGGACAAGAAGAAAGCUGCCGGUAGGUCCUUGGAGCCAACUCCUGAGGUCGGCCUGGGGGCAGAGAAUUGAGUUCCUUUGUAGCUUGUUAAAUUCUCAUGGCCCUGCUGAUUUUAUCCUUGCCGACCAACCCCAAAAUACUUCACGCUUUAGUAACUCAUCUAUAUGAACAUACAGUGGUUCCUUGGUUUAAGAACAGCUUAGUUUAUGAACAACUUGGAUUAAGAACGCUGCAAACCCGGAAGUAGGUGUUUUGGUUUGUGAACUUUGCCUUGGAAGCAGAACAUGUUCCGCUUCCUGUUGAGUGUGUUCCAUUUGUAAAUUGAGUCCCCCGCUGCUAUGGGAAAGCACACCUUGGUUUAAGAACAGACUUCCGGAACGGAUUAAGUUCGUAAACCAAGGUACCGCUGGACAAAGCGAUUGUCCAUCCAGCCCAAUAUGCACUUAUGUGUUGUAAGUCGCUUUGAGACUUCGGGGUAACAAGCGUAAUAUAUUAUGAAAACAAUGAUAAUAAUAUGAUUGGUCUUGAAGAUGAGACGGAAUCUGCCUAACUUCAUGUGGAAUCAAUUUCCUUAAUGGCCUUUUAAAACUUUGGGUGGGUGGCUGCUUAAUAAGUUUUGUUUCCCAGUGUUAUUUAUUUGGUAAAAUGGUUUCAUGCCUUGUUUUGUAUUUAAAUUGUAGGCUUCCUUAUGGUGCAGCUAACAAAUGAAUAAAAAGCAAUAUUGUUGCAGUGGAGUUCUUUAUAUUUGCAUGCAGUUGCUUCCAGGGACACAUCCGCACUGUACAGCUAAAGCAGUAUUGCACCACUUUAACAGUUGCAGCUUCCCCCAAAUAAUUCUGGGAAUUGUAGUUUAUAAAGGGUGCGGAGAGUUGUCAGGAGGAGUCCUGCCCAUUCCCCUCAGAGAGCUUCAGUUCCUAGAGUUCUCUGGGAAAAGGAAUUGAUUGUUAAACCACUGUGGGAAUUGUAACAGGCUAUUGUAAGGGUGGCGCUAUGGGUUAAACCACUGAGCCUAGGACUUGCCGAUCAGAAGGUUGGCGGUUCAAAUCCCUGCGACGGGGUGAGCUCCCAUUGCUCCUGCCAACCUAGCAGUUCGAAAGCACGUCAAAGUGCAAGUAGAUAAAUAGGUACGGCUCCGGCGGGAAGGUAAACGGCGUUUCCGUGCGCUGCUCUGGUUCACCAGAAGCGGCUUAGUCAUGCUGGCCACAUGACCCGGAAGCUGUACACUGGCUCCCUUGGCCAAUAAAGCGAGAUGAGCAUCACAACCCCAGAGUCGGCCACGACUGGGCCUAAUGGUCAGGGGUCCCUUUACCUUCUAUUGAAUUGACAACAAUAGGGCAUUUCUUCUAACUGUCAGCAUACUUUAUAAACUACAGUUUCCAGGAUUCUUUGGGGAUGAGGAAGUCAUGGCUAUGUAAAAUGGUGUAAUAGUGCUUUAAAUGAAAAGUGCAGGCGUGGCCUAGAUUGCUUAUCUCUCUUUCCCCCACCUCACUCUUCCACCCCCCACAGAUCACCUGAAGCCUUUUCUGGAUGACUCCACUCUGCGGUUUGUGGACAAGCUCUUUGAGGCCGUGGAGGAAGGCCGGAGCUCCCGGCACUCCAAAUCCAACAGCGACCGGAACCGGAAGAGGGAGCUGAAGGUGAGAUCAACGCUUCAUCCUCUUUUGUUAUGAAGGCAGCAGAGAGUUUCAGAUCUGGCUGUGGAGGUGGCAAUACUGCCUCACUGCAUUUUCUUCUUCCAGGGAGUGUUGUGUGUUGAAAUGCCUAAAAAUUCAAGAGAAAGGGCCUUUUUCCUUAAUGGCAACAGAAAGUGUGUGCAUCUUUCAUUCUUUAUUGGUCUUCUUCCUACAUCUGCCUUCCUCCUCCUCUCAGCCCUUAAUUCUUGACUUGUCAGAGAUUUUAGGAGACUUUAAAAGCAUACAUUUCUUUAGAGUACAAAUAAUUAAUUGCUGUUGCCAAGCUGUUUCUCUUGAACUGGUAGGUGUGCCUCAAAGCUCCCUGUUUGUAUGAGGAGCCAUCCAUGUAGAAUUUGGUCCAUAAUAGCAAUGAAAGCAGUUCAGCUAAGGCUUGCAGGCGGUUUGGAUUUGUGUAUCUAUGCAUGCCGUGUUUUUGUUUGCAGAUCAUAGCAGCUUCUUCCCACAAUCAACCAUGUCCCUUUUCUUGAGACACAGCAGGGAGGAAUUUGCUUCCCUUGGCCCAGUGGAGUAAGGAGGACAUGGAUGGUGCUGUGAGAGACCAUGUUCCUUCAGCACAAAAAUGCUUUCAUUUUGGAGGGUGGGAGGAGGAACAUAAAAUCUCACGCAGGUUUAGAUUAACACUGCUCCAUGUGUGAAAGGGUUUCUCUGCUGACAGGAAUGCAUUUAAAAUUGUGUGUGUGUGUGUUAUAUAGAUAAUAAUAACAACAAAAUAUAUUAAUGCUUUUAUAGCAAAAUGCUUUAGUUUUCACAUUCUUUGGCUGCUUCUUAGACUGAAGAAAGCAGAAGCUGAAAUGUGUUUGCAAAAAUGCCUAUUUUAAGCCACUGUACCAAAUGCAUAUUUUAGUGAUUAACUGCAUCUUAAAAGUAUCCAGAGCAUAAUCCAUUAUGAUUGGAUAUGUUAAUUGGAUGUUUUUUAUUGGAAAAUUAAUAAAAAUGACUUAACAAAAAAAAAAGUAUCCAGAACAAACUUUUCAGAAAGUGCUGUGUGAAGCUUUAAAAAUCUGUAUGUGUGUGUGUGUGUAUAGGACAUGGUGUUUCCCCCUUGCAAUUUUGCCUGAACUCAUGAGGACCAGAAACUUGUUUCACCUGAAAGCAGAUGAGGUGCUCAAGAAGCUGUGGGUUGGUUGUUGAUGUGUAAAGCCUUUAGCCUGUCGUAUGAAGGAUAAUUCUUUGCUGUGAAAGUUCCAUGUGAAGGCUCCACUAGUCACGUGACUACGACUGGCUUGUGCUUCCUUGGAUGUCUAGGUGUUGGUCACUGUCAAAGUUUCCUCUGCCCUCUUUGCUUAUAGGAUGUCUUUGGGGAUGACUCUGAGAUUUCCAAGGAAUCUUCAGGGGUGAAGAAGCGCCGCAUCCCACGCUUCGAAGAAGUGGAGGAGGAGCCCGAGGUGAUCCCUGGACCCCCGACUGAAAGCCCCGGGAUGCUAACGAAGCUGCAGGUUGGUCUCAAAUGAGCAGAGGCAAGGCAUGGAGUGCUUGUCUGGGACAGUGAUGAUGAUGAUGAUGAUAAUAAUAAUAAUAAUAAUUUAUUUAUAUCCCACCCUCCCCAGCCAAAGCUGGGCUCAGAGCGGCUAACAACAAUAAAAGUAACACAAUUAGCUCGUUGGGAUGGCACAUCUGUUGAGCCGGAGUACAUAUCCUCACACAGGCACCAGAUGACCUUGGACUAUCCUAGCUGCCUCAUAGACAGGGUGGAUUUGAUUUAAAUCAAAUCGAUUUAAAUCACUAGUCAGUAAGACUUGAUUUAAAUCCUUUUUUCUUUUUUCUUUUUUUUCUUUUUUUGCAGAAAGACUCAUUCUUGCUGAUAUAAUCUUAAUAUUUACAAGCAGAUGAAGGUUUCAUUUUUGGAAUAAUAAAUUUCCAGAGUAGUUUUUACGGUUAUAUAAAAAAUUACUGAUUUGGCUAUACUAUUAGAAAUGCAUUGACAGAUAAUUAUGAAAUUAUUCUGAGGUUUAAUAAGUUAACUGUUUAUAUUUGGACAACUUUUCUGCUGUACUUUAUUGGAAGGAGAAAACAAUCAUUUCCUUAAUAACAAUUUAAACAAUUUAUUUAACUUAAACAAUAAUGUUAUAGCAUAUGUAUCAAUGUUUGUUAAUGGAUGUGGUUAAACUUUAAACAAAAAAAACUUAGACUGAGUUUUAGCACACAUGAAAAACUUAAAACAAAUCCUUAUUUCCUGAUGAAUAGCCUUUGAACUAUAACGUAACUUAAAUAGAAAACUAUCUUUAGAAAGAUUUUUCCUCCAAAAGCAUUUUAUUAAAAAAAUCCAAUUUAAAUAAAAACAUUUGACUUAAAUAAAAAAAAAUGUAUUUAAAUUUAAAAAAUCUGAUUUUUACUUUCUUAAAAAAAUCAUUGAUUUUUAUCCACCCUGCUUGUAGGGGUGGUGAGGAUCAAACAACAUGGGCAGGGAGGAAGGGGUUAACCAGAUUUGGCAUCUCAAGCUCUUUGGCGGAAAGGUAGAAUAUAAACGUAAUCAGUGCACCUGUGGAUUUUCAGCUGUUUGUGGACCAAAAGUUCAGGGGGCCUGGCUUUUUACAUGGACACUAGACUGGUGACUGGGAGUGGCCGCCGGGACCACAUAACACCAGUCUUGAGAGAUCUGCAUUGGCUCCCAGUAUGUUUCCGAGCACAAUUCAAAGUGUUGGUGCUGACUUUGAAAGCCCUAAACGGCCUCGGUCCUGUAUACCUGAAGGAGCGUCUCCACCCCCAUCGUUCAGCCCAGACACUGAGAUCCAGCGCCGAGGGCCUUCUGGCAGUUCCCUCAUUGCGAGAAGUGAGGUUACAGGGAACCAGACAGAGGGCCUUCUCGGUAGUGGCACCCACCCUGUGGAACGCCCUCCCUUCAGAUGUGAAGGAAAUAAGCGGCUAUCUUAUCUUUAAAAGACAUCUAAAGGCAGCCCUGUUUAGGGAAGUUUUUAAUAUUUAAUGCUGUAUUGUUUUUAACAUUUGAUUGGGAGCCGCCCAGAGUGGCUGGGGAGACUCAGCCAGAUGGGCUGGGUAUAAAUAAUAAAUUAUUAUUAUUAUUAUUAUUAUUAUUAUUAUUAUUAAGCUGCCUUAUACCAAGACAGGCUGUUGGGGUCCAGUUCUAACACCUUCCCCCUUCUUCCCUCUUUCAGAUCAAGCAGAUGAUGGAAGCUGCCACACGUCAGAUUGAGGAGAGGAAAAAGCAGCUGAGUUUCAUCAGUCCCCCUGCCCCACAGGUACAGCCUUUGUUGCAGCCUGCACAAGCCAUUGCACUGGUGGUCCUGCAGAGCUGAGCCCCUCCUGAGAUUUAAUUCUCCCAAGGCACAUCCAUACUUGAGUUUGUGGGCAUGAAAUACUGAAGUCAUGGGAGGGUCCCACUUUGAGCAUCGCAGACGGUAGGCACCAAAACCCUUCUUCAAUAUAGACUUGAAAUAAAGUGGCGUUUUAUGCACUGGCCGCAAAAAAAGAUUAGAAAGAGGGAGUUCAGUAACAUUUCUCUAAGUUCAGAAAAAGGUUUCUGAGCUGUAGAAGCUGGGGGUUGUCUCCCACUAAGAGUAGAAUGGACUUCAGUUAGUUGUGUGUUCACUUCAGUGGGCUUACUCUUGAGUAGAACUGUUAUCUGCUUAUUUACGGCAUUUUGAUCCUGCUUUCCAGACUGACCUCAGAAAGCGGUUUACACAAGAUGAUGGCAACUAUUUUUAAUUCUUUAUUUGAUUCCUUCUUUGCGGGGGUUUGUUUUUUUUAAGUUACAGUAGAAUGGAAAAGACAACUUGUUGGUUGGGGGGGGAAUGAAACUGCUUCUUCUCCACUCCCCCCACGGCAAGAUGGUCCUUCAGAUGCCCCUGUGGUGACACUUUGGGGUGGAGAGAGAGGCCACCAUGGGAGCUGGAGGGUGACUUGCGCUGGAUGCAGCCCGGGGUUCCCACCCUCUCCAGCUCGUGCCUCCCUGUCGGUUUCCCUCUCCUCGCCCCCUUCUUACGGCUUUGCUCCCUAUUGCAAGGGAGGCGAGGCUGUAUCUCUCUCUCGGAGGGCCCUACAGUAAGCCCUUCCUGCCCGCUGUUCCAGCCAGUGACUCCCCUCUCUCCCUCUGCAGCCGAAAGCCCCGACAACCACCACCCAGCCGGAGCGCCUCCCCAUUGGGAACACCAUCCAGCCCUCGCAGGCGGCCACCUUCAUGAACGACGCCAUUGAGAAGGCCCGCAAGGCGGCCGAGCUGCAGGCCCGGAUCCAGGCCCAGCUGGCCCUGAAGCCUGGCCUGAUCGGCAACACCAACAUGGUUGGCUUGGCCAACCUGCACGCCAUGGGGAUCGCCCCGCCGUGAGUAUCGCAACACUCUGCCCAGGGGGGCGGAUGGGGUGUGGGAUGUGCUUUCGGUUUGCUUGCUUGCUUUGUGUUCUUUUUUUCUUUCUUUCUCGAUUUUAUUGGUCUGCAAAGUUGACAAGCCUGAUGAAACGCCACUGAAUGGUUUUUUCUCAUUGGACAGAAAUGGAUCACAUGGGCAGAAAUGUCCCAUCACACAGGGAUUUGCCCCUUGUACGCGGUAAGCCAGUAGCAGCCAGCCCUUCCUGGCACGUGUGACCCAAGAGAAGUGUCUCAGGCAGGGGUGGGGAACCGUUGCCAAGUGACAUGACCCUCGGGGGGAAUUCCCUGGAGGUCAGAGGCCAAAAUGGACAGGGCAACUGGUGCUUGAUUCCUCCCUCACCUCAUACAGGAGGCUGCAUCCAUCCAUCCAUCCAUCCAUGCUACAGAUCUCUCCCUCCGGCCCUGAUCAAAAAUCAUGUAAAUUGUGAAUAUGGAACUGGCACACUUCACGCCAAAGCCCUCAAGGAGGGUGGGUGUGGAGGAGAGCCGGCGAGGGGUGUUUUUCUUGGGGGGAGGGCUUGUCUGUGUCCCAAGGAGCGGCUAGCAAGCCUGGAGGGGCCACAUUUGGCACCCAGGCCAGAGGUUCCCUACCCCUGUUCUAAAGUGUGGGUGGGCAGACUUCAGACUUGUGAGAUCUAUUUUGUGAUGUUGUUUUUUCUAGAACCCUCCCCCCCCCCCCGAGCCCCACCAGCUGGGUUCAAGUAGAAAAAUAGUGGCUUAGAAAGAGGGGUUGGGGCAGAGGACGUGCACUCGAGAAAUGCCCCGUUCCAUAAUUCUAAGGGUAUCUUAGCCCAGAAAUUUGCUUUUAGAAGCAGAGCUGGGAAAUCGCAGUCCUUCCACGCAAAGGCCUUCCCUUGCCCACCUUCAAAGCUUUAUUUCAGCAGCCUAGUUUGUGGCGGGGGUGGGGGAGCAGUCAAGAGUCAGAAAUCCUGCAGAUCCUUUCUGUACACAACCCCGACAGGCAAAAAAGGGGCCAGGGACUGUUGAGUUUUCUUUGUGGGAGGCGGCUUCCCAGAAUCCCUUGUUCCGUAGGCUUUAUUUCAGACUGAGCGGGCUUGAGACUCUUGCCCCAUACCCAGUGGGCUCAAGGCCGUUGGCCAGGGCUGCUUUGUAACCAGAGUUUGCCUUGGGGAUGUCUUGGCCCAGGAAAGUGGAGCUGAAGGACCAGACCAAGCCGACGCCGCUGAUCUUGGACGAGCAAGGCCGCACGGUGGACGCCACCGGCAAGGAGGUGGAGCUGACACACCGCAUGCCCACCCUCAAGGCCAACAUUCGGGCCGUGAAGAGGGAGCAGUUCAAGCAGCAGCUGAAGGAGAAGCCCUCUGAGGACAUGGAGUCCAACACAUACUUUGACCCCCGGGUCUACAUCAACCCGGCCCAGCGGCCGAAGCGGACCUUCAAGUUCCACGACAAGGGCAAAUUCGAAAAAAUCGCCCAGAGGUUGCGGACGAAGGUACAGCACUUUCCUUCUGGCAAGCAGACCUAACCUCCUCACCCAACAUCCUGGGUUAAAACCAGCACCUUAAACCUGAUCCUGUACUCCACCGGGAGCAGCUGGUAUAGCACUGGGUGAAUGUGAUCCCGCAGCAAGGACCCUGUAAGGAGUCUCGCUGCGGCAUUCUGCACCCCCUGGAGUUUCUGGUGCCUGUAGGAAACCCGUAAGCUGGACCCCAGCACAAGAGCCAGUCUUCCCUCCUGUUGUUUCUAGCAACUGGUGUUCAGAAGCAUCACUGCCUCUGACCAUGGAUGGAACAUAGGAAUCUGCCUUAUACAGAGGUGUUGCACACACACAAUGCAUUUGAAGCAUAUUCGAGGCACAUUUCUCUCUCUCAAAGAAUUCUGGGCACUGUAGAGUAUCCCUCGCAGAUUGACAAUUCCCAGCAACCCCUUGCCAAUUAAUUACAAGUCAAAACUUACAGAAAGGGGCAGGGAAGCAAGCCUGUAAGCAGGAGCUCAGCACAAGCGAAUGCUUUCCUCCUGUCCUGGGAAGGCAAAGUCUGAGUCACAGUCAACCCGUGUAUAUAGAUAGCAUGGUGCUCUUGCUUGCUUGCUCUUAAGGAAAAUAUAUUUCUUAGGGAGUGGGGAGCAGAAUAUCCUCCUUAAAAACAACCUAAAAUAAAUAACUACAUUAAACUUCAUAAAGGCUCCCUUGAAUGGGCACCUGCUGGCAGUGCAUAUUUGCCGCAGGUGAGCAGACAAAUAGUUCUUUAUCAGGCUGAUGCUGGCGAGGGCUGGAUCAGGCCCACUGCACUGGGGGCCUUUGACUUCUCCAGAAACACCCUUGCCAUGGAUACUUGGAAAGCCCCGUCAGAGAGAACUGGCGCCUCUAGGGCAGUUAAUAUUUUGAAUUAAGUGUUUUAUUUCUCUUCCGUGCACCUUCCUGAAAACCCUUCUGUCUCCCUCAGGCCCAGUUGGAAAAACUCCAGGCCGAGAUUUCUCAAGCUGCCAAGAAGACGGGAAUCCACACCUCGACCAAAUUGGCCCUUAUCACCCCCAAGAAAGAGCUGAAGGAAGGGGACACCCCCGAGGUGGAAUGGUGGGACUCCUACAUCAUACCUAAUGGCAUCGAUUUGUGAGUUGCUCUGCCUUUCAGCUCUUAAAUCUCUGGGCUAGAAUUAAUUCUGGGGUGAGUCCACCCUUCUUGCUGCCUGCUUUCCUGAAUUUGUAAGACCACAUUUCUUCAAAGAACUGAAGGCAUUCAGUUUUUAAGUGUGGGGGGCGGAUGGAUCUGUAGCCAGUACUCAGCAUGGCCAGCGGUUAGGGGAUGGUGGGAGUUGUAGUCCCACAAAUUCCAGUGCGCUACAGAUUCCUCUGUCUCUGCUGUAGAGCAGGGAUGGGGAGCCCUUGGCUCAUGGGUCAAAUUAAGUGUGCUAGGUCAUGGUCGUUUUUAGUUGCACAGGCUCGGCUGGCGUCCUGUGACAUCAGGAAUAGAGCACGGGGAGCCCUUCUUGUCCAGGAGCACUCAGGAGAGCUCUUCAUUUUUUCCAGCAGGGCCUGCUGUUUAAAUUUGGCGCCAGGUGCCAGCCCUGCUGAGAUGGUUCCCAAAUUGGAGCUGUCCACUAGACUUAAUCCAUGUCGGCAGCCAGGCUAAUAGAACACAACACAGCACAGUUACCUUGGGCAUUUGAUGAGUUUGAUGGGGGGAAAUCAAGCUGGGGGCCUUUAGCUCCCAAGCUAGCUAUUCUGAGGUGACAGCUGGGGCACUGCCAUAGAGAGGGUUUUCCUAGAUGAGCACUUAGUUCUCCAAGCCUCCGCUCCUUGCAGCAGGCAUAAGCAGCGUGAGGAUCAGAAUAGGCUAAGAAGAGAAGCACCCUCCUCUUGAGGCGUCACCCGCAACUGUGCGAAUUCUCCUUCCCGUUUCAGAAAAGCCGCCGAUUCGCUUAAAAAAGAGGACUAUUUUGGCAUCACGAACCUAGUGGAGCACCCAGCUCAGCUAAACCCUCCAGGUGAGCACGCUCCAUCUCUUUGCUUCUGCAUCGGGGGGAGAGCGGAUUCCUUAGAGACAAGAAGAUUGGAAGCAAAACAGAUGGGUGGAAUGCCAAACCCUGCUCCGUUCCCCUUAACACCCACCCUUUCUGUCCCCAGGGAAUGACGAGCUUGGUUAGUCUAAAAGCCCCAGAUCAUUUUUUUUUUUUAAUUUUAGGAGUGUUUGUGCGCUGCCUACUAACCACAGUUCUCGAGGUAGCUUGCAAUACGUUUUAAACACAGUGAAAUAGGAAAUGAUCCAAUAGGCAGUACAGCAGGGGAAAGAUGUGUGUGUGGUGUUCGCCUGAUGCUCCAAUCUCCUUGCUUAGGAUUGACUGCUUUAGUAGCUAGGUGUCAACCCCACACAGGGCAUGACCUUCCUCACUGGGCUGCUACUGCUGCUGUAUCUCACAAUCCACCCACAACCAGUGCAGGAAGCAAAGGUCUUAACUGCCUCCCCCCCAAGUCUUCAGAUCAGUAGUCUUUGAGGAACUGAACAGUAUGGGGAAUGUGUGGAUAAUGGGAAAGGGGGCCUAACUUUUUUGAAAAAAGAAGGCUCCUAUAAUAUCACAGGCACAAUACUCAAUAUUCCGCACUUUAAUCUUUGUUGGAAGCCACCCAGAGUGGCUGGGGAAACCCAGCCAGAUGGGUGGGGUACAAAUAAUAAAUUAUUAUUAUUAUUAUCAUUGUUGUUCCCAGACACCAAACAGUCUAAAAAUCACAUAGAAUGAAGCACACACAAAGGUGUGGGAGGGAAUAAGCUUCCUGCCAAAGCUUCCUUCUGCUGUUAUGAGUAUAAUGUGUUUAUUUUCAUGUUUUUAAAAGUGUUGUAAGCCACUCGGAGACGUUUAAGUGAGCAACACGUCUAAGUAAUUAUAACGGAGGUGGGAAGGAACAAGCUUGGUGGGUGAGCCCCAUUCUAAAAGGAGAAAACCCUGCUUGUCUCUGACUGUGUUUCUGCUUUGUUGUCCUUGUGAUGUGUGUGUCCCACCCCAACCCCAGUGGACAGUGACAUGCCGGUGACCCUGGGGGUCUACCUCACCAAAAAAGAGCAGAAGAAACUACGGCGCCAGACCCGGAGGGAAGCGCAGAAGGAGUUGCAGGAGAAAGUGAGGUUAGGCCUCAUGCCGCCACCUGAACCAAAAGGUAGGGAUUUUUGUAGUGGACAGGUGGGGCUUCUGUUGAGAGAGGGAGAGAGAUAAAAAACAACACCUGAAGCUUGAAGUUGGAAUUCUAACGCAUAAACUUGGGAUGGGGGCUAUCCAGUGAUGCUGAAUGUGGGAAAGACACACAGCACCUCAUUAAACUCUGAAACCGGUUCCCACGAGAUGUAGGCAUGGUGGUCACCUGGGGUCAGCAGACUUUUUCAGCAGGGGGCCGGUCCACUGUCCCUCAGACCUUUUGGGGGGCCGGACUAUAUGAAGAAGAAAAAGAAGAAGAAAAAAAAAGAAGAAAAGAAGAAGAAAGAAGAAGAAGAAGAAGAAGGAAAAAAAAAGAAAAAAAGAAGGGGGAAAAAAAGAAAAAAAAGAAAAAAAGAAAAAAAGAAGAAAAAAAGAAGAAGAAGAAGAAGAAAAAAGAAGAAGAAAAGAAGAAGAAGAAGAAGAAAAAGAAGAAGAAGAAGAAGAAGAAGAAGAAGAAGAAGAAGAAGAAGAAGAAGAAGAAAAGAAGAAGAAGAAGAAGAAGAAGAAGAAGAAGAAGAAGAAAAGAAGAAGAAGAAGAAGACAAGAAGAAGAAGAAAAGAAGAAGAAGAAGAAGAAAAGAAGAAGAAGAAGAAGAAGAAGAAGAAAAGAAGAAGAAAAGAAGAAGAAGAAAAGAAGAAGAAGAAGAAAGAAGAAAAGAAGAAGAAAGAAGAAAAGAAGAAGAAGAAGAAGAAGAAGAAGAAGAAGAAAAGAAGAAGAAGAAGAAGAAGAAGAAGAAGAAGAAAGAAGAAGAAGAAAGAAGAAGAAGAAGAAGAAGAAGAAGAAGAAGAAGAAGAAGAAGAAGAAGAAGAAGAAGAAGAAGAAGAAGAAGAAGAAGAAGAAGAAGAAGAAGAAGAAGAAGAAGAAGAAGAAAAGAAGAAGAAGAAGAAGAAUUUUUUAUUUAUAUCCUGCCCGGCCAGAGCUGGGCUCAGGGUAGCUAACACCAGUAAAAUUACAAUAAAAACAUAAUAGGGGAGGGGGGAAAACAACCAUUUAAAAUACAGGUUAAAAAUACAAUUUAAAAUGCAGCCUCAUUUUAAUAGCCCAUAAAUCAAAACAAUAAGGGGAGGGAAACAUAAGGGUCAGACUGAGUCCAAACCAAAGGCCAGGUGGAACAGCUCUGUUUUGCAGGCCCUGCGGAAAGAUGAACGAAUUCCUAUGCCCCACAAAUAACCCAGAGAUGCAUUUUAAAUAAAAACACACAUUCUGCUCAUGUAAAAACACACUGAUUCCUGGACUGUCCGCAGGCAAUUGGGCCAGAUCUGGACCCCGGGCCUUAGUUUGCCUACCCAUGGUUGAUCACCAACUUGUAUGACUUGAAAAGAGGAGCCACAGUGGCGAUGUUCUGCCUUCACUGUCGGAGGCAACAUGCUUCUGAAUGCCAAUUGCUGGAAAUGGGAGGGGAGAGGUGCUGUUGCUCUCAGAUCCUUCCUGUUUUGGCGUCUGGGUGGCCACUGUGGGAACAGGGUGCUGGACUAGAUGGGCCCCUUUGGCUCGAUCCAGCUGCCCCAGGGCUGUUUUUCCGUUCUCAACUUCUGCUCUCAAUGCCGUCGGUGUUUCUCCCUCUGCAGUACGAAUCUCAAACCUGAUGCGUGUUCUGGGAACGGAAGCCGUUCAGGACCCAACCAAAGUAGAGGCUCAUGUUCGUGCACAGAUGGCCAAGAGGCAAAAGUAAGGUUGAUGCUGAUUUCUUUGUCAUGUGUGCAUGUGUGUGCGUGCAUGUGUUUGUGUGUGCGUGCACAUAAAUUGGUACCAUCCAGACCCAGUUCUCUGUCCUUGCUGAUGCAUCAUCACACGGGAGUCUUUUAUUUCAAAAAUACAGCAACGAUAGCAGAGAAAGUAAAUGCAUAUAUAAUCUUGCUUCCCCAGAGCUCACGAAGAGGCGAACGCUGCACGGAAGCUCACCGUGGAACAGAGGAAAGCCAAGAAGGUUAAAAAGCUGAAAGAGGAUAUUUCACAGGGGGUCCACGUAGCUGUCUAUAGGUGAGUUUCCUCCAUCCCCAGAGGCAAAGGCCUCUCUGUGGCCUUUGCCCACGCCUUCUUCGCAUCCCUGUCCCCCCACACUCAGAGGAAAGCUUUUAAAGAGAACAGCUUUAACGCAUUUUUCUUCCCUUUCUCCAAAAUUCCAAAUGAAUUUUGGAAACAGAUUGGUAUAGAAAUAUCAGGAAUUGUGGGUAGGAAGGUGGGAAUAUCUAAAUUAAUGGUUCUUAUUAGUCUGAGUAGCACAGAGUUAAAAACAAAAGAGGAAUGUAAAUGGGUAAAAUUGAUGGUAAUUGCAGCCAGACAAGUUAUAGCGAGUAAUUGGAAAAAUGCAAAAGAGUCAGGGGUGAAUCAAUGGAGGAAAAAUCUGAAUACAGUGGUGCCCCGCAAGACGAAUGCCUCGCAAGACGGAAAACCCGCUAGACGAAAGGGUUUUCCGUUUUUAGAUGUGCUUCACAGGACGAAUUUCCCUAUGGGCUUGCUUCGGAAGACGAAAAUGUCUUGCGAGUCUUGAGAUUUUUUUUCGCUCCCCCCCCCCUUUUUCUAAGCCGCUAAGCCGCUAAUAGCCUUUUAGCAGCUAAGCCGCUAAGCCUUUAAUAGCCGCUAAACCGCUAAUCCGCUAAUAGGGUUGCUUCGCAAGACGAAAAAACCGCUAGACGAAGAGACUCGCGGAACUGAUUAAUUUCGUCUUGCGAGGCACCACUGUAAUAUUAUAAUUUUAGAAUAUCGAACUGUGAAGAUACACAGAAUGAAAGGGUUUAAGGUCAGUGAGAAGGAGGAGGAUUGGUUUGAGAAGAUACUGAAUUAUUUGGAUAGGUUUGAACAAUUUAGGGCAAUUAAAAUGUUAAAAGUUAAAUAAACCUUGUGGAUGGAGGAGUGUUAACAUAUAUAAAAUUGUACAUAUGGUUGAUUUGAAUAUGUUGUUAUUGAUUAUGUAUACCCAUUGUAUCAGCUGCCUGGGGGGUUUCACUGUUUGUGUUUUGGUUGUUGGUUAAAAAAAAUGAAAAUUUUAAACAUCUCUUUCUCUCUCAGAGUCCGAAAUCUAAGCAAUCCGGCAAAGAAAUUCAAAAUUGAAGCGAACGCCGGCCAACUGUACCUAACAGGAGUUGUGGUUUUACACAAAGAUGUCAAUGUGGUGGUGGUAGAAGGAGGUGAGGCGGGCAAGGAUGGGUUGUGCUUGGUUUACGUGUUCUGGGACGUGGGUUCCUACACUGGAAUCACUCGGCAGCAAAUCAGGCCUGAAAGGGAGCCACCUGCUUCAUGAAGCCCCAGCUUAACGCAUGGAAUUCCUCGCUGCAGGAUAGUUCUUUGCAGUGGGGAGCUUUUAUCAAAGGAUGUUCUCCAGAGAACCUGUGGGGCUUGCAGGAGGGUGUGUGGGUUGGAUGUGCAGCAUGGCUUUCCCAGACUCCGUUCUCCCACCCAAGCCUUUCACAGAGCAUUUUUUCCAACCCUCGUGUUCAAAAUGUGCUCGAAGGAAUGUGGGCUAUCCUGCCGCUUUAUUAGAACCUUUCGCAAUAACGUAACAACGCUGCUUUUUUGGCUGACUGCCCACACUCCCUUCAGAAUUAAAAUGGCCCUCGGUGAUCUUUCUCUUCCCUCCCAGGCCCUAAAGCACAGAAAAAAUUCAAACGGCUCAUGUUGCAUCGAAUAAAGUGGGAUGAGCAGACAUCAAAUACAAAAGGAGACGGUAAGGACACACAUAACCCACCCCACUCGCAUAACCCUCUUAUGCCCAGCAUAAGGGAGUACAGUAUUUAUUUUAAAUGGUGUUUUAAAAUAAAUCAGGUGCUAUAAGAAAUUUGCAGAGAUAGCGCAGGAUAGUACGCACCCUGGAAACGAUCUCUUUCAGCGUCUUCCUUCUGGAAGAAGGUACAGGGUUAUAAAGACUAGGGCUAGCUGCCUGAGAAACAGUUUCUACGCAAAUGCAAUUCUGGUUCUAAACGCAUCAUAAGGAGUCUCUAUCGUAUAUUGUAUUUUAAAAUGGGGUUUCAGAGUUUUUAGGGGUUUUUGAAUGUUUUAUGUAGAUUUUCAAUUUCAUUGUUCUGUGUGGGACAAUGACAGUAAAGAUCUCGUAUAUAAUUGCGGUUCCACUCUCUCAGUUGACAACAAAUCAAAACUCUAAGCACUUAUCAGAGCAUUUUAAAAAAACCAAUAGCCACAAGGCCUUUUGAUCAGAGGAGAGUGCUAUCAAUGGCUCCCAGGCAUGAUGACUGUGUUCUGCUUCCAUGGUCAGAAGCAGCAAGGCUUCUGUAUAACCACGGGAGGGGAGAGGAGGGCUCUUGUGUCUGGGUCCUGCCUUUGGGCUUCCCAUUGGGGCAUCUGAUUGGCCACUGUGAGAACAGGAUGCUGGAGCAGACGGCCCGUUGGCCCGGUCCAGCAGGCUCUUCUCUUGUACUAGCUGAUUUUUGGAAUCUCCUUACCAAACAGAGGUCCCAGUCUGAUGCAUGCAGCACUUGAGAAAAAGCCCUCCUUCAGGCUGAUAGUCCAAUAGUGUUCAGCUUUAAGCACAGCCUUCUCUCUCUCCCUCCCACCCCCCGGUUUUCCUUUCUUCAGAUGACGACGAAUCCGACGAGGAGUCUGUGAAAAAGUCAAACAAAUGUUCUCUGGUUUGGGAGGUAAGUAUCCACUUAAAUUCCUAGGUCUUUGCACCUUGUUUUCUGGGCCACGCUGAAAUUGUUGGACCCCAUUCUUCCAAUAUCUUGCCUGUAUCUCCCCUCCCACCCACUGCAAUGUCGCAGGUGUGGCCACCAGACAGUUUGUGAAAAGAUACCGAACCUAUUCUUGGGAUUGCCAGCCUCCUCCCUAGAACUCUGUUUUGUUUGGAGGGUUGUCCUGGUUAAACCAGUUUAAGCUUCAAGCGUUUACUUCUUGGUCCACAGCGCUAAGAACGUUAGUGGUCUUUUUUCUUCUUUCUUUUCUUUUAACUCCUAAACCCAAUUCCACCCACUCUUGUCUUUCCCCCCUCAGGGCACAGCAAAGGAGCGCAGCUUCGGGGAGAUGAAAUUCAAGCAGUGCCCCACCGAGAACAUGGCACGGGAGCACUUUAAAAAACACGGAGCAGAGCACUACUGGGACCUGGCUCUGAGCGAGUCCGUAUUAGAAUCCACAGACUAAAGGGCCCCCCCUCUCUCUCUCUUGGCUUUUUGUGGUGUUCAGUUUGGAGAGUGAGAACUCAGCUGAGACUUUGGCCUUGGAGGUUCCUCUCCCCCUGCCAUCCAAGCGCCCCCCCUCCCCAAGCCCACUUUCUCCCCUCAAGUUCCCUGCAGUGUGACAGCAUACGAUUAAAAGAAAUAUUUUUAAAAAACAGAGCAAAACUACCUAGGGGUUUUUCUGUUUUUGUUUUGGACUGAAACGGUUCGUGGAUCUUGACGUGCGCUCUUUUUAGCUCCCUUGUCAUGCCCUCUGGAAACAAUCCGACUUGGAGGCCGUGGAGAAAGCGUCGAAAGAAAUCCGUACGCCGCCCAGGUCUUCUCUUUUCCAAAUCCAUUGGCCUCCUAACCACACGCAGCUCUUUGGUUUUGUUCUUCUUUUUUUGCCAGUUCAGUAGGUUUGUUUGGACAUUAGGCAAGUCAGCCAGGCACCACCGUGAUGGGGAGAAAGGAGCACUUGUGGGGUCACCGACUUCGUUGGACGUUAAGAGGGCAAACCGCAGCGUUGGAAACUUGUACAGCAGAUUUUAGGAGCUGGGGAUUUAGCCCGCAUCCUACAUUUACAUAAUAAACUUUUUUUUUCUUUGGUAAGAAGUUAAAAGCAAAAAAAAAAAAAAAAAAAAAGGAAAACCCAACCAUGUUUCUUUACCUGUUUCUUUUGAGCAAGUCUGCUCACUGUGCAUUAAACAAAGUGGUUAUGAUUUC